GAGCGGCUGAGAGAGAGCAAGAAGAAGGCGAAGAUGGCCUCGGCCACGUCGUCCUCGCAGCGGGACUGGGGCAAGGGCAUGGCCUGUGUGGGCCGCACCAAGGAAUGCACCAUCGUCCCGUCCAAUCACUACGGACCCAUCCCGGGGAUCCCCGUGGGUACCAUGUGGCGGUUCCGAGUCCAGGUCAGCGAGUCGGGUGUCCAUCGGCCCCACGUGGCUGGCAUCCAUGGCCGGAGCAACGACGGAGCGUACUCCCUAGUCCUGGCGGGGGGCUACGAGGAUGACGUGGACCAUGGGAAUUUUUUCACAUACACAGGUAGUGGUGGUCGAGAUCUUUCCGGCAACAAGAGGACCGCGGAACAGUCUUGUGAUCAGAAACUCACCAACACCAACAGGGCACUGGCUCUCAACUGCUUUGCUCCCAUCAAUGACCAAGAAGGGGCCGAGGCCAAGGAUUGGCGGUCGGGGAAGCCGGUCAGGGUGGUGCGCAAUGUCAAGGGUGGCAAGAAUAGCAAGUACGCCCCUGCUGAGGGCAACCGCUACGAUGGCAUCUACAAGGUGGUGAAAUACUGGCCUGAGAAGGGGAAGUCCGGGUUUCUCGUGUGGCGCUACCUCCUGCGGAGGGACGAUGACGAGCCUGGCCCUUGGACAAAGGAGGGGAAGGACCGGACCAAGAAGCUGGGGCUGACCAUGCAGUAUCCAGAAGGCUACCUGGAAGCCCUGGCCAACCGAGAGCGAGAGAAGGAGAAUAGCAAGAGGGAGGAGGAGGAGCAGCAGGAGGGGGGCUUCGCGUCCCCCAGGACGGGCAAGGGCAAGUGGAAGCGGAAGUCGGCAGGAGGUGGCCCGAGCAGGGCCGGGUCCCCGCGCCGGACAUCCAAGAAAACCAAGGUGGAACCCUACAGUCUCACGGCCCAGCAGAGCAGCCUCAUCAGAGAGGACAAGAGCAAUGCCAAGCUGUGGAAUGAGGUCCUGGCAUCACUCAAGGACCGGCCGUUGUUCCUGAGUAAAGUGGAGGAGACGUUCCAGUGUAUCUGCUGUCAGGAGCUGGUGUUCCGGCCCAUCACGACUGUGUGCCAGCACAACGUGUGCAAGGACUGCCUGGACAGAUCCUUUCGGGCACAGGUGUUCAGCUGCCCCGCCUGCCGCUACGAUCUGGGCCGGAGCUACGCCAUGCAGGUGAACCAGCCUCUGCAGACCGUCCUCAACCAGCUCUUCCCCGGCUACGGCAAUGGCCGGUGAUCUCCAAGCACUUCUCGACAGGCGUUCUGCUGAAAACAUGUCGGAGGGCUCGUUCAUCGGCCCUGAUUUUGUUCUUAGUGGGCUUAACUUAAACAGGUAGUGUUUCCUCUGUUCCCUAAGAAGGUUUGUCUUCCUUUUUUUUUUUUUUUUUAUUUUUAUUUUUCAAAUCUAUACAUUUUCAGGAAUUUAUGUAUUCUGGCUAAAAGUUGGACUUCUCAGUAUUGCGUUUAGUUCUUUGAAAACAUAAAAGCCUGCAAUUUCUCGACAAAACAACGUAAGAUUUUUUAAAGAUGGAAUCAGAAACUACGUGGUGUGGAGGCUGUUGAUGUUUCUGGCGUCAAGUUCUCAGAAGUUGCUGCCACCGACUGUUUAAGAAGGCGAUGGGAUCAGUCCUUCUCUCGGGUUCUGGCCCCCAAGGUCAGAGCAAGCAUCUUCCCGACAGCAUUUUGUCAUCUAAAGUCCAGCGACAUGGUUCCCCGUGGUGGCCCGUGGCAGCCCAUGGCGUGGCGUGGCUCAGCUGUCUGUUGAAGUUGUUGCAAGGAAAAGAGGAAACAUCGCGGGCCUAGUUCAAACCUUUGCCUCAAAGCCAUCCCCCACCAGACUGCUUAGCGUCUGAGAUCUGCGUGAAAAGUCCUCUGCCCGCGAGAGCAGGGAGUUGGGGCCACGCAGAAAUGGCCUCAAGGGGACUCUGCUCCACGUGGGGCCAGGCGUGUGGCUGACGCUGUCCGACGGAGGCGGCCACGGACGGACGCCAGCACACGAAGUCACGCGCAAGUGCCUUUGGGUUCGUUCCUUCUUUCUAAAGACGACAGUCUUCAUUGUUAGCACUGAAUUAUUGAAAAUGUCAACCAGAUUCUAGAAACUGUGGUCAUCCAGUUCUUCCUGACACCGGAUGGGUGCUUGGGAACAGUUUGAGCCUUAUAGAUCAUUUACAUUCAAUUUUUUUUAACUCGGCAAGUGAGAACUUACAAGAAGGUUUUUUUUUUUUUUUUUUUUUUUUUUUGUCCUAAUGAACACAUUUUCUAAAUGAAUUUUUUUUGUAGUUACUGUAUAUGUACCAAGAAAGAUAUAACAUUAGGGUUUGGUUGUUUUUGUUUUUGUAUUUUUUUUUUUUGAAAGGGUUUGUUAAUUUUUCUAAUUUUACCAAAGUUUGCAGCCUAUACCUCAAUAAAACAGGGAUAUUUUAAAUCACAUACCUGCAGACAAACUGGAGCAAUGUUAUUUUUGAAGGGAUUUUUUUUUUCACCUCCUUAUUCUUAGAUUAUUAAUGUAUUAGGGAAGAACGAGACAAUUUUGUGUAGGCUUUUUCUAAAGUCCAGUACUCUUUGUCCAGAUUUUAGAUUCUCAGAAUAAAUGUUUUUCACAGAUAGA